CAUGUAUUGUUGUUCAUAAACAGAGAAAAAAAAUAUAUAUAAUAAAAAAAAAAUCAUGACAUUAAUUAUACCAGUACCACAAGCACAAGGCGUAGCAGAGGAAAUUCCAAUAUGGAAGAAAGUAGAUUGGAGUCCCGAAAUUGAGCAGCAAAUUUAUAAGGACUGGGGAAAAUAUUAUUCUCGGCGACGAAGGGAGAAUAUUGCUAUGAACUAUUAUAAUAAAGCUUACCAACUUUCUAAUGAUGAUUAUAUGACUCUUUACCAUCGUAGCCAGAGUAAACGGAAAACUGCGCAAACUUUGGGUGCGCUCGAAGACUCUCUUGAAGCCCAAAAAAUUUUAAAAUUUAAGUCUGUGCUCAAUGCUCCAAUUAAUCUGGAAGUUUGCGAUGCACUCUAUGAGUUAAACCAGUUCGAAAAAGCUAAGGCUGAACUUCAUAAUAAUACACGUUUAUUCAAGGGCAACAAGACCAAGGCUUUUGAAGAACGAUUGAUUGUGGUUGAUGACAACAUAAAAGAUGCCUGUGGUGAGGGCUUAAGCCCAUUUAUUUUGGAGAAUGAAAGAAUGAUGUCCCAUGUGAAAGACUUACUUAACGAGAAAUUGAAGGUUGACAAUCGGCCAUUUUGGAAAAUCCUAAAGGAACAAGAUAAAUGCGAUGUAUUAAGCGUUGCUGAAACCAAAGAGAAGUUACUGAGCCCACUAGAAAUAGCAAGACGAAAACGUGCUUUUGAUAUAUGUUACCAAGUUUAUAUUGAUAAAUCAUGGGUAGACCUUCUUUUUCUAAAGAACCUAAGAAACAAUCCAAGUUUGCUUUUGGACCAGUGCAAAGGCUCCAAAGGUUUCCUGAGUAAAUUGGUUGGCAAUCAAUAUGAAAUCGUUAAGAAGUUUUUGAAAAUAAUACAAGCUCGAUCACCGAUGUAUUUUGUGCGGUACAAAAAAUAUUCUAACAAGGAUCGGUUACUCAAGUUCAGAGAAGCCCUCCUCUUUAGAAUACAGUACCAAACGCGACGAAACAUGAUUUCUGUUUUACAAACCAUAAAACGACUUCGGGACCAAAAAAAUAUCAAGAGGCUUUCAAACUAUAUCGAGGAGGUGAUGGGAGAUUAUGUUGUGAUAAAAACCAAUCGCAUAAUGCCAUGGAAGCUUGAGUUUAUUAAUGAAGUGUAUAACACUUUGGGGUUAGCUCUCUCUGAACAGUACGUUGUACCCAAAAACUUUCGAGCUUCUGACAGAAACCCAGUUCUGCAAUUAUUGUCUUUUAACCCGCACAAACUCAAAGAAAUAAACACAUUUGUUUUUGGAGAUCGAUCCACACAUCAAGAUCACGAUUCGGUGGAUCCCGCCAUUAUAAAAUCAAAACGAAUGAUAUCGCGUUUGGAGAAACGCAUAAUAUUUGCAAAAUAUCCGAUCGAAAAAGCGUAUCUACUUCAUCAAAUUGCUUGCAUUCAUCUAGAGUCAAAUCAUUUUGACGAGUGUUGCUUUGUUGCUCGCAAGGCCCUGCAUGAAGCAGAGCAAUGCAACAGUAAUAUAUGGAGUUUCUUAUGCAUUAUUGUGACAGUAAAGUCGAAUGCAUCUCUAAAUAAAACUGAGGGUACAAGUGAAGCUUUGAAAAAGGCGCUUCUAAUUGCUGAAAAGCUUCAAUCGCCGCACAUAACCGAAUUUGUUGAAGCGUGUAUUUCUGGCAAUGAACGUAUUUCUUUUAUAAGAGGGAUUGAUAGUCGCCGAGAAAGCAAGGCAGCUCAUAGUCGAAAGUCUUCCAAUUAAUAUAAUUUGCUGUACUCAAACAAAAUUCGCAAUGUACCAAAUUGUUCGUUUUUAAAAUAAAUUGUUGAUAUUUCUAAUAUCAGCAGAUAUUAAAUA